ACUCAAUACCAAGGUCUGAAGUUUAUAGACUUCGGAAUAGCAAUUGAUACUGAAACUCUUCCUCCAUCAAUCCAUCAAGACAUUAAAGCUGGAUUGAUGGAGGCUUCAAGUAUGGAAUGGACAAUUGUGACUGCUGUUAACACACAUCGAAAUGCUUAUUUGGGUCAAUAUAAGCAUUUUCAAUCGUGA